CCUCCCGAGCAGGCAUUCCCACGCUCCACCACCGGGCACCGGCCUCCGCGCGCCGCGUGGCCUCCGACUUCUCCUCGUAUAUGUAUUCCCUCGCCGGGCAGCCAAGCAGGCAAACGAAGCAUCAACACACCGACGUCUCCUACCUGGCUUGGCUACCUCCGCACCAGUUCGCUCGUCUCCUCACCGAUCCUCGCCGCGGCGCCAGCUCUGCUACAUGGACGCCCCGGACGUGACGCCGGCGUGGUCUCUGGUCCGCGGCUACUUCUCCCCUGCGACGCUCUUCCUCCUCCUCAACGUCGUCAUCGGCACCAUCGCGCUCACCUCCCGCUUCCACCGCCGCCGCCACGACCACCACGGCGACGACGACCGCCACCACCAGCAGCACCAGCACAAGGACCACGACGACCGGUACGCCCCUCCCCCACCUCCGGCCCCGCUGGCGCGCACGUCGUCCGUGAUGGAGCGCCUGCGCUCCCUCGGCCUCUACCGCUUCCGCUCCGGCGACUUCCCUCCCGAGUACAACUACAACCACUCCGCGGCCGGCAACGUCGGAGGCGACGACGACGAGGGCAGCACGCAGCAGUACAGCAGGAGCCGGUCUGAGCCGGCCGCGAGGAAGCCGGCGAGCAAGACGGGCAACGAGGCGGAGAAGGCGGCCAGGGCGAAGGUGGCGAAGAAGCCGGUCACGGAGGUGAGGAGGCUGGAGCGCGCCCCGGUGCCGGCGCCGGCACGGCUGGUGCAACGCGCGCCGAGGGCUCCUGCGGCUCGCGCGGUGCUGACGGAGGCGAGGCGGCAGGACGCAGGGGCGCCGGAGGCCGCGUGCGUGGACGAGAGGGCGGACGACUUCAUCAACAAGUUCCGGCAGCAGCUGCAGCUGCAGAGGCUCAACUCGCUGCUCAACUACAAGGAGAUGCUCAACCGCGGCGCGUAGCCUCCCGCCCGCCCGGUCGCCGGCACGCGGAGCAGAUGCAGAUCAGCUUGUGCGGGGUUCGAUCUUCGAUUAGCUACUAGCUAGUGGUCUUGCCGUCUGUUCAUUGGAUUGUUGACUUGUUGUGUAGUUGUGCCGUGUAUGAGUCGCUGCAGGUUAAUUUGGAUCCUGCUAACGUUACAGAAGAAGCUUCCAUUUCCUCUCUUAGAUCCGUUUGUCCGGUUAAUCUAAA